ACGUUGAGUGACGCACGCCAACGGUGUACGUCAUCUCCAGGCGACGACUAAAUCCUGCUUCGCGCCAAACUGCAGAUUUGCUUAUAGAUCUGCCAACUAAUUUGAUCCAACACUGCUAGAAAACGUCUUCGCAAUGGACAUUAGGCGGUUCUUUACACCGACAUCAGCCAAGCCUGCGGUACAGAAACCAGCCCCAAAUGGAAACUUUAAAGCCGAGAAGAAGAAGAAGAACCCUCCCUCCUCAGAUGAGGAAACAAAAAAGAAAAAUAAAGAGACAACCAAGGUCAAAACAAAGGGGAAACACAAAGAGAGUGAGAAAAAACGAAAGAAGCAUGCAAUCAUAGAGUCAGACUCGGAGGAAGAGGAGGAGCCAAUGAGAAAGUCAAAGAAUUCCCCCAAAGAGAAACAGAAGACCAGCAAGCCAGCACCACCUCCCAAAAAAGAUCCUGUGCAGUAUGUCUCUGAAACAGACUCAGACAGUGACAACUUUCAGUCCUUGAAGAAAGCCUCCAAAGCCAAGCGGAACGGCACAUCCAAACUGACAAGGUCCGAUACAGAGAGUGCUCGUACAGAUGCCAAAGCAGGGGCCAAGUCUCCUAUCCAGCCCUCCACACAGGGGAAAGCCGGGGAGAAACCUCCUUCUGUGCCCCUCACACCUAAGUCAGCCCCUCCUCCUCUGCCCAAACAAACCCCCACCUCAGUGCUUGACUACUUCGGUAGUACGUCUGUUCAGCGCUCAGACAAGAAGCUGGUAGCCAGCACCAAGCGAAAGGCUCCAAUUCAGGAUGCAGAUGAUCUGAUAAGUGAUGAGGAAAUCGCCAGGCAGCUGCAGAUAGAAGAGGACAUGGAGCUUGAAAAACAAGUUCAUGAGGAUGAGGAGUUUGCAAGAACACUGGCCAUGCUGGACGACGAGCCCCAGGCAAAGAAGGUUCGGAAAGGCUCUGAUGAAAAACAGUCCUCUGCUGGAUUUCCCAAAAAGGGACGCACAGACUCGGCUGCUGGCAGCAUGAGCAGUCCCUCUAAGACCAACAAAAGCAGUCCGUCUCCUAAGAAGAUCCCCGGUCCUGCCAAAGCCAGCUCCAAGCUGGCCUUGAUGAAGAAAAAGGAUGAUAAGAGAGAUGAAGGACCAAAGAGCAAAACACAGAUUUUACCCACAAAAAUGAAAAUCUCCCCCAGAAAGGAUGCCCCCAAUUUGUCGAGCUCUGAUAUGAAAUUUACGCCCACCAAGCAUAUAACCUCUCCCCGGAAAGCAGAGAGCACAACUACCAGUCCUGAUGAUCCAGAGAAGAAGAAAGGCAACUCUUCAGCGUACAGGAACUACCUCAACAGAGAUGGGCCACGAGCUCUGGGCUCCAAGGAAAUCCCAAAGGGAGCAGAGAACUGUCUGGAGGGCUGUGUGUUUGUGUUGACAGGGGUCCUGGAGUCAAUGGAGAGAGAUGAUGCUAAAGCCCUCAUCGAGCGCUAUGGAGGCAAAGUGACGGGAAACGUCAGCAAAAAGACCACCUACCUGAUACAGGGCAGAGACAGCGGAGCCUCGAAGCUCGAGAAGGCAGAGAGUUUAGGUACCAAGAUCCUGGAUGAAGAUGGUCUGCUGGAGCUGAUCCGAACCAAACCAGGAAAGAAGUCCAAGUAUGAGAUUGCUGCAGAGGCGGAGAGCAAGGCCUCAAAGACCAGGACUCCCACCGGCCAGACUUCAAAGUGCACCCCGAAAGGCCAGAAGAUCUCUCCCUCUAAAGGUAAUUCCAGGUCUCCUCACACCCCAAGUCCAUCAAAGACCGGUCUGACGCAAGGUAUUAGUGGUGGGACCAAAGAUGGUGGCACUCCUCUUGGAAAAGGCUCAGGUCUCAAGGCCCGGAGAGAGCUGGGCCUUUCCUCCUAUGCUGCUUCAUCUUCAGCCGCAGGAUCAUCAUCUCCAUCAGCCACUGGAGAGGAUGCUAGUCUGCUAUGGGUGGACAAGUACCGGCCACGCUCACUGAAGACUGUGAUUGGCCAGCAGGGGGACCACAGCUGUGCCAAUAAGCUGCUGUGCUGGCUGAAGAACUGGCACAAACACCACAGCGGUGGCACAUCCAAGCCACCAGCAGCAAGGUUUGGUAAGUCUGGAGGAAAAGAUGAUGGAUCAGGAUACAAAGCUGCCCUACUCUCUGGACCUCCAGGGGUUGGAAAGACUACCACAGCUGCUCUCGUCUGUGAGGAGCUGGGCUUCAGCUACGUGGAGAUGAACGCCAGCUGCACUCGCAGCAAAAACAGUCUGAAGGAAGCCGUUGCAGAGUCGCUCAACAACACCAGCAUCGAGAACUUCUAUAAAGGUGUAUCUCACACAGUGAGCAGUAAACAUGUCCUGAUUAUGGAUGAGAUUGAUGGCAUGGCUGGCAACGAGGACCGUGGAGGAAUCCAGGAGAUGAUCAGCCUGAUCAGAAGUUCAAAGAUUCCCAUCAUCUGCAUGUGCAACGAUCGUAACCACCUGAAGAUCAGGUCACUGGCGAACUACUGCUUCGACCUGCGCUUCCAGAGGCCACGAGUGGAACAGAUUAAGGGAGCCAUGAUGUCUAUCGCUUUCAAGGAGGGAAUCAAAAUCCCACCCCCAGCUCUUAAUGAAAUCAUCCUAGCUUCUCAUCAGGAUGUCCGACAGGUGAUCCACAACCUGAGCAUGUGGUCCGCCAAAAACAAGGUGAUGACGUAUGACCAGUGCAAGUCUGACGCAGCUGGCGCCCGCAAGGACAUGAAGCUGGGGCCGUUUGAUGUUUGCAGGAAGGUGUUUUCCAGUGGGGAGGAGGCCGCCCACAUGAGCCUUAUCGACAAGUCUGACCUCUUCUUCCACGACUACUCGCUAGCGCCACUCUUUGUUCAAGAAAACUACCUGCAUGUUCGUCCAGCGGCUGCUGGUAAAGAUGUGAAGUCUCACCUGGUGCUGCUUAGUAAGACAGCAGAGUCCAUCUCUGACGGAGACCUGGUGGACAGAAUGAUCCGCUCUAGGCAGAACUGGUCACUACUGCCCACCCAGGCCAUCUAUGCCAGCGUGUUACCAGGUGAGCUCAUGAGAGGCUACAUGAGUCAAUUCCCCACAUUCCCCAGCUGGCUCGGCAAGAACUCCUCCACCAGUAAACAUUCCCGUAUCGUCCAGGAGCUGGCCUCACACAUGAGUUUACAGACACUGAGUAGCAGACAGGCAGUGAACCUCGAUUACCUGCACUACCUGCGGCAGGCACUGCUGACCCCGCUUCAGAGGCACGGAGCAGAGGGCGCCGGACAAGCUGUGCAGCUGCUCAAUGACUACCGGCUCAUCAAGGAGGAUGUGGACAGCAUCAUGGAGGUCACUGUCUGGGGCGGACAGCCUGACCCCUACUCUAAACUGGACUCGAAGGUGAAGGCAGCUUUCACUCGGGCGUACAACAAAGAAGUUCACCUGACACCGUACUCCCUGCAAGCUGUGAAGAAAGGCCGACGCGGUGGUGGUGGAGAAUCGGAGCUGGGAGGGGACGACAUGGACCAAGAUGUUCAAGAGUCUGAGGACGAGGGGGAGAGCCUCAAAACAGACGCCAUGAUCAAACAGAAAAAAGCCAGAGCCACCAACGAGACAAAGAAGGAGAAGAAAGAUGACUCGGGGAAGGGCAAGGGCAAGGCUAAGAAAUGACCGAUGACCAGAGGAGCAAAACAAACUGUCAUGGCUCACCUCCGACUGCCCACACACGCUGUAAUAUGUUAAUGAGCAUCAGCACA